AUCGGCGACUUUUCGGCUUAGCGCGAAUGGCUCGUGUAUAUUAAGCCUUGGAUCUGACUCCGUGGCCUACGGUGAUUUCGCUUCAAUCGAGUGACGGACCCGGGUCCGAUGCUGUCCACAAGAAGAGCGAGGGUGGUGUACACUCUUCUCUUCGUGCUCGGUAAUAUGUGCUUGGCCUUCUCGUACGGAAUCACGGGACCGACUCUCAUCGACUUCGCCGAAAUCUAUGGAGUCGAGAUAGACGAGGUUUCGGAACUCUAUGUAUCACGAUCAGCUGGGAAUCUCAUCGGCUCUAUCCUGGAAAGCUUCGCCGUGAAUGAUCGAAAUUCGAGGCGAGUCCUGGUGGGCGCACUCUUCAUCGAGGGAAUAACCACAACUUUGUAUCCCAUCUCGAAAUAUCUGUGGGCCGCUCAUAUAACAUCCUUCUUCAAUGGUCUAGUGCUCGCUCUCUUUGAAGCCGGGUCCUACGUAGCGAUAGCGAAUCUCUGGGAGAAUCCCAAUUUCCCUCUGCAACUUCACAUGUUGGGCUACGGCUUCGCAGUUUUCGUCGUUCCUUUCAUUUCUGAGCCGUUUCUGAGUAAGAGCAACCCCCUAGAUGCUGGCAAACUCCAACAGGCAUCGGUUUCCCGUAUUUACAUUCCCCAUGCCGGAAUCGGCGCGUUGUGCGUUAUACUAGGCAUUGCGCUAGCCAUAACUACUGCCUGGGUACCAUACCCGCCGAAACCGACGAUUGCCGAAAAAACCGACGCCGACACGUCCCCGAAAAAGCGUGAUAAGGUUUUCGAAACGACCCUAGUGAUCCUGUUGGCUGUGAUGUCAUUGUUCUGUGUGAGCCUGGAGAUGACCUUCACGGGGAUGAUCUCAUCGUUCGUUAUCCGAUCGGAUCUUCAUCUCACCAAAUCCGAUGGGGCGUAUCUCGGGGGCGCAUUCCGUGCGACGUUCUUCGUGGGGCGAAUUAUCAUCCUGAUCUUGCACAACCUCCCGCUCACCCUCGUCAUUGUGUUCAACCUGGUUUCCGCCUUGGUAUCGUCGUUGAUUUUCGUGUUCUUCGUCCUGAGUUCGCCCUACGUGGUGUGGGUCGUGAACGCUGGACUCGGACUGGGUCUCUGCGCGAUCUUCGGUACCGACAUCGCUUGGGUCUGCCAAUACGUGACUCUGAAGCAUUGGCAUAUGGCAGCUUCCAUGAUCGGGGUUUGCAUCGCCAACUCUUCGCCUGCUUUCAUCGCCGCACCGUGGAUCGAUUCAUACCCGAUGAUACUGCCGUAUGUGACGCUCGCGCUGUCGACGAUUCUUUGCAUUACUUUCGCUCUAAUGCUCUUCGUGGUGAGAGGACGCGAGAAAUUAGGCUCGAAAUAA